UGCGAUCUGCGCGCGGCUAGGACCCGCCGCUAGGCCCUCUCUAUAGGUGGAUGGGGUUGGGUCACGUCGCGUCGCGUCGCUUCGUCGUCCUCCUCCUCGUCUCCGUCUUCGUCCUGGUCUUCGCGCUCGUCCCUCGAUAGCGACGCUGUCGAGCCGCGACGCCAAGGCAUCCCUCGCUUCGGGGAACGAACGAAGACAGUGCCGAGACCAGGUGUGCCGACGGUGGUUUCGCUGAAAAUCGGUCGAAGAAGAGUGUCUCCCGGGAGGAAGGAGCCGCCAGAGGAGGCGGGAAAUGGCCGGCGGUGUAUAAUGCGCGAGCAGGACCGUCGGGCUGGACCUAGCCGCGCCGAUUCGAGCUGGUACGCGUCGCCGUCCUCCAGCGCCGCGGCGCUACCCUAGUGCGGAGGAUUCAUCCCCCGAGAGGCGGCCCUCGCGCGAGCGUGCGGCAGCGAGCCCUCGCACACACCGGUGCGCGCCGUGCUGCUCGGCCCGCGUGUAUAUGUGUCCGUCCGUGUGAGUGCGCCGAAAGGAAGAGGGCAGCGAUACGAGGUGGCCAGGCCCGGGAAGGGAUCGCGCGUCUCGCCUCGGGGCUCCUUGGACAACGCCAACGCCGGGCGAGAACAUGCAGGGAUCGGGCGAGGCCCGCAGAGGCCUUAGUCCCGCCGGCGGACCGGGAUAAAGGUGAUAACCCGCGAUCCCCGCGCGCACCGCGAGGGUGGAGGCGAGACCGAGCGGUGGUGCUGGUGUGCCGUGACCCGACACACCGAACUGGCCGCCCCGAACCCGUGGAACGGCGCGUCCUUUAGCCGAGGAACUUCAGAAACGCGGGAAGCGAGCUGGACUCGCUUUCGGGCGCAUGGAACAUGAUAGAGAUGUCGAGCGGAAUCGGUGCAACUGCAAUGGGGAUCGGCGUUAGUCACGGGACCGGGGGUGGCGACGGUGUCGCCGGUGGUUGUCGGCUCCGCGCCCAGAGCCAAGGUCAGGCGUCCGACUCCUCGACGCAGCACAACAAUCCGCAACAGUCGUCGCAGCAGCAGCAACAACAGCAACAACAGUUGCAACAGCAACAAACGCCCUCGUCCCAGCAGCAGCCGCAGCAACAGCAACGCCAGGGUUCGGGGAUCAUGGGCCGCUCGAAGAAGGACAAAUGUUGUCUGUGCUGGUGCUGCAGUUGCUUGUGUUUGGCGGCAAUCGGGGGUAACUCGGCGGGCGCAGAGGGCGCUGGCGACCAAGGGAAGAAGAAAGGGAACGCUGGCAUCGGCGGCGAGCACGGUAGUGGCGGCGUCGAGCACGCAGGUGCGGGGAACGGCCUCGAUGACGGCAUGGAAUGCAACCUGGAGGAGAUCAGGACAUGGGGCACCUCUUUCGAGAAACUGAUGAGGAGCGCGGCAGGCCGGAAGCUAUUCAGGGAGUUCCUCAGGAGCGAGUUUAGCGAGGAGAAUAUCGCGUUCUGGACGGCGUGCGAGGACUUCAAGCGGGAGAACAACCCAGAGAGGAUCAAGACGGAAGCGCAGUUCAUCUACAAGGAGUACAUAUCCGAGGACUCGUCGAAGGAAGUGAGCCUGGACGCGCGGGUGCGCGAGAUUGUGAACAACAACAUGGAGCAGCCGACUCCACACACCUUCGACGAGGCGCAGCUGCAGAUCUACACGCUGAUGCAGCGGGACUCAUAUCCUCGUUUUGUAAACAGCGACAUCUACCGGCGGGUGGCCAGACUGGACAACAACGGGCCGCCGAGCGCGACCAACGAGGAGCACAAAACCGUGAAAUCGAAGGGAAAGAAGGGCGCGACGUAAUCGGGGUCUCGCGGACGCGAUUGGGGUGGCAGCGGAUCAACACCCUCCGUCUCUGAAGCAUUCUCCACCGAUCAAGAGGAAAUGGAAGACGAAACACACGAUCGUGGAUCGCUGCGAUACGCCGGCCGAUCAGCCGAUCGGCGAUCAGAGGCAAACUCAGGCCCGGGAUUGAGGACAUCGUCGAUCCCCGUCUCGGACCGCCGUCGAUUCGAAAUCGAAAUCCUUCUGUCGAAAUCCGCGAGGAUUGGACAGGCGUCCUUAGGGAUCUCGAGGGAAGAAAAUGAAGAAAACGACGAAGAGACGAAAGAAGAAGAAGAAGAAGCUUGAAGCGACUCGCUCUUCCACGCGACGCCACAUCGGGGCCACGUGAGCACGCUCGCCGCGCCAGCGAACGUGAAGCACGAAUGUUGACGAUCGACUGAAUUAUUUCGGAAGAAAGAAAGAAAAGGGAAAACGAAGAAGAAAAGCGCAGAGGAGAAAACGCGAAAAAUAAAGGGAAGAAAAAGAAUCGAUGGGGAUAUUGCACGCGCAGACACAGGCCGGAUUUGAGAUAUGACUCGAACGGGGUGUGUACGUAGAGGAAGAGAGGCACGAAACGCGAGUACAGCGCGACACGGUCGCGCGGAUCGUCGCUGGCUCUUCUUUCCAGGAUUAUUCUUUGAUAUACACACGCUCGCCCGUUCCUACGCGACACGGUUUACACACGAGAUUGAAAGAAGACCGGGACGCGCACACGGGUCGGUCGGGGGAUGACGUUCAUCCGUCGCGGAAGUUCCUAAAGUUCAUCGUUCGAGUGUCUUCGCGACUGAUCGUCGCGAUCGAUCGUCUCUCUCCUUCUCCUCGGCACGGAACGCGUCGCGCGUCCGCUCUCUCCCGCUCGAGCGACCUUUCCCUCCGUUUUUCUCACUGGUCUUCUGACCCCGCCGUUUCUCUCAUCUCUUUCUCGCUCUUUUUUAACGAUAAACACCUCCGGUUUUCAUCGUCGAAGAAGGUCUUCGCGGGAUCCAAGCGAUCGAGCCACGGGAGACUCAGCUCUCGAUCGUGGAAACGAGAGAAAUUCUUUGUAGUUAAAUUGUUGUACUUCCGGUUGUAUAAUGGAAACAUUGAAAAGCAGACUGCUCCGAUAAUGGAAUUAUUCUGACGUGAUGAUCGUAGAAUCGGGAAACAUCUUAUCGAGGUUUGGCAACCGAAGGUUGCUAACUUAUUUGAUCUAUCGCCGAAUGAAUAUGUAUAAAGUUGUUUAGAAAAUUAUUACAAAUUUACAUUUUCGUUAUUUAAAAGAACAUUGUUGGACUUAGGUCACUCUAGCUUUCAAGGCUCGACCAUUCUACCUUCGUUACGAUCGAGAAAACGAAUUGAGAGUUAAAGUCCCCGCGUCUCCAAAAUGGCGGCUCACCCGAUCGAGGCAACAGCCGACGCAGAAGCAAUAUUCACCAAGUGCGAAUGAAUCUCGUCGAUCGAAUCGAUCGUUUAUCGAACGGGGAUCGGCGGAGCGUCGAGAAAUCGUGCGGCGCGCAACCGCCUUGCGUGCGAAACUCCUGCACACGAAGGGACUCCUUUCCCGAUCAUUUCCGGCGGGAGCCACACUGCUUUCACGGGGAAAAAUGUCUUAUUCCGCCUGGUCUUAUUUGUGAUACCGUGGCGAGCGGCUGCGGGGAUUCUUCGGGUGUCUGAACCGAUCGCGGAAGUACCCUCGUUUCGUCACAAUCGCGAUUUACUUGCAACGGGACCAUGAGAAAGAGGGGGUGACUUUUCUUAGAAUGCGGCAGGUGGAGUUUCGCGCGCGAGGUUUCCCGUGCGGCCGAGUCUCGCCGACGGAUCGUCCGAGACCGAAUCGAGAACUAUGGCGGAUCCUAGCCCUGACAGAUCGAUCGACGGCCAACGCUGAAAGCACCGGGCAGGUCGGCAAGGCCCGUUUGUGAUUACAUGUUGUACAAUUGUUAAGAUUAUAAAGGUGAUUUCGCGGGGAAUUAUCGGAUAAGUUUAUUUAUUCGUGCGUAUCGCAAUCGACGUCCCAACGAACGCACUCUCGUCAUUUCGAUGAAGCUAGUCAUUUUUAGCGCUCGCCGCUUCCAGCGUUGAACGCCGAGGAAAUUCGAUAGUCCAUCUCUUGCGUCGUGUGUGGUUGGUGGACUGAUUUUGCGAUGAAUCUCCAGGGUUCGAGUGCUUCGGCUCCUUUCAAGACAGAUCUAUUUAUUAACGAACCGCUCGAUAAGUAUUUUCUGAUCUGUUGAUGUAUGCAGACGGUGUGUAAAUGACACAAUCGAAUUUAAAGUGGAUUAACUUUAUUUCGAAUGGAAAUGUUACGUCCCAAGAGCAUUUCGCGUCGAAUCUGAGCUAAACCCAGAAAACUGCGGAUAGAGAAUAGCAUUUGGGACUGAAUAUUUCGAAACAUUCGUUUCUGUCGCUGUCUUGAAAGGGUAGUUUUAAGAAUUUUGUUUCGUACCCCUCGUCCACGAUAUGUAUCGUGAGAGAAUGAUGUACAGUUGACGAAGGAAUGAAAGAAGGGAAAGAAAGAAGAGGAGCCGGCUCACGUCGCGACGCUCAACUUCCGUUGAACGAAGGGACCGGUAAUCCUAGGACGGCGUGCACCGAGUUACUGCCAGUGAGACACACCAUGAAUCGAACUGCUCCGACGAUUAAGGAUAGACGAAGACGACGACGAAGAAGGGGGGACGAAAUGGAACGAUCUAGUCAGCAUCGCUCGAAGACGAUGGGCGUCGACGAAAGAAAAAAAAAUGGCCUAAGCAGGGAACACUCACUCGGGCCGCAAGUUCGUACUAUUCCCGGGACUCGACCAGCCGCCAUCUUGUCGGCCGCGCGUCGCGUUGCGACGUUCCCGAACUUUUUCGCGAAAAUCGAUCGCUCCGAUGAUUAAACGAUUUUCUACGGUUCGCGAAUUAUUGGCACAAUUUCGUGGAAAAGUUCGAGAAGCUCGGGAAGUUCAACAGGAUUCGGUCGGAUUUUUGUUUUACGCGGGAAAUUUGAAUUCCUCGUUCUUGUCGCGCCGCGAAGGACGAUUAUUUGAACAUGAUCGUUUCUUUUUUUUUUACGUACGGUUUAUCCUGACUUCCAUUUGCACCGAGACGCGGUGGGGAACUCGCCUCGCGGUUCCGUGAACCGGAAACGAUCCGAAUUUCACGGCAGACCUUGCGGCGAGCGCACAAAAGGUUCACGCACACACGAACGGGCACGCACACGGUCCGACACGUGACCGAGGUCCCGUUUCCAUUUAUAUCCGCACAAUUUUACAGAGUUGAAAGUGAAACUCGUCGACUUCCCCCCCGCGGGGUCAUGUGUUCUUUCGCUGACGCAAUUCCACUACGAUUACAAGCCGAAGGGGACAGCACGGAUCUAAGUUUCCGUUGAAUGUUAAUCGGGCUCCUUAAACCGACAAGUGCUGCUGUUAAUACUAACGAAUCAUUCGGUAAUAAUAAUCUGCUAUUUAUUAAACGACGGGUUCAAAUAAUUUUCGUUACUCAUCAAAAAAUUGAUUACAAGUUCGUCAUUUUUAAUAUUAUGAAGAAGAAGUGUUCCUUGAAGCUGCUAUUUUGUUUGGAGUUUAAAUGAAACAUUCGCUUCAUUUGUUGAUUGAAAAGCUCGAGGGAGUACUUUCUUCGUCGAAGGAAUGUUCAGGAACGAUUUUGAUUUCCCUUUGUGCCAACUUCCUUCGUGUCGCGGGAUCAUGGAAUGUUUUAAAUGAGAAAAUGGGAUGAGACUCAUAACCGGGGCCACAUACUUGACCCCGAAAUCACUCGAUCGUCUGACGCUUGGAGAAAACUCGAUCGAUUUUCAAGAGGAAACAAAGAGAAACGAGAAACAGGGGAAAGCAGACAGAGCGCACAUCGUCGCGAGCCGAUCGCACAACGCGCGAUGGGAGAAAUGAAAGAGGAAAAAAUGAGAGAAGAUGAAAAAAACCAAAUCGCACAGUCAGGCACAGCGUUUGGCUACUGCCCUGUAGAUAAUAUUAUAGAUAGUUACCACGACGAGGGAGAAGGAGGAUUAAACUAAUUAUACAUGCAAAUAUAUAAAUAUACAUAUAUAUAUAUAUAUAUAU